CUUUCUCAAAAUUUCCGUAGACUGUCUAUCUAUCACCUUGUCUUUAAUUUUAGGGUUCCGGCCGAAGCUACACCCUAGAUUUCAACCGCAAUUGUAGUGCUUAAUCACUAAUUUUAUGGAUUUUUUCUCACUUCCUUCUAAUGGGGAUUUUAGUUUUCAAUUCAAGUUCUCCCGAGGUUUAUCGAAUUCUUAUUCGGUCCGUUUUAAGUCUUCUUGAGGAGUUUGGAUCUGUUGUUGUUUGAUUUCUUGACGAAGUUUUGUGUUUCUCGGAACUGAUUGUGAUCAGAAGGGUGAGGGUUCAGAUUGUAUUUUAUUAUUAUUAUUAUUAUUUUUUAAUUUUCCCGUUUUGGAGUUGAUUGAUGGCUACUGCGACUGAAGAAGAGGUUGAUUAUGAGAGUGAUCCGGAAGAAGCGAAGCGGUUACUCGCGAUGCGGAGGCGGGAGGCAAGCGAUGAUGAGGAGGGGGAAGGAGAAGGAGGAGAAGGGAAGCGGACGAUCCGGAGGGUGGGGAUUCAUUCGGAUGAUUCCGAUGGACAGGGUGGAGCAGCGGAGUAUGACGAUGAGGACGAAUUGGGUGAAGAAGUAGACGAAGAUGAGGUUGCUGUAGGAGUUGAGGACGUUGAUGAAGGGGAGGAAGUUGGCCAAGAGGAGGAUGAGGCGAGGCAUAGGGAUAGGAAGUUGGGUGGUCAUGGAGAACUGGAUGCCGCCUCCGGCAAUGCGGUGAAGGAGCUGGACGAUGAUGGAAGAUCGUUAGCAGAAGGACAGAGUGAUUUGCCCGAGGAGAAUCCAGAAGGGGAAUUUAGUGAGGAGAAGAAGGUGAACGAGCCCUUUGCUGUUCCCACUGCCGGGGCUUUCUAUAUGCAUGACGAUCGGUUCAGGGACAAUGCAGGUGGUCGACACAGGAGAAUGCAUGGUGGAAGGAGGCUGUGGGAGUCCAAGGAUGACAUGAAAUGGGGCCAUGACAAGUUUGAAGAAAUUACUUUGCAUGAAAGGCAUCGUGGGGAGAGGAAAACUUCCAAGGGUCAUCCACGAGGUCGAGGUAAAAGCCGAGGCAUGGAUCACGGUUAUGCUCGAGGUAACAGAUCUAGAGCAUACAAUAAAAGUAAUAACCAAAAUGAUGCUCCUAAAGUUGUGAGAGGAAGAGGACCUAGACGGUAUGAAUCAACAACAGACAACAAUAUCCGAUCCUCUCCUUCACAAGAUAAACAAUCUGUUAAGCCUCCUGAACGAGCAUUACACAAUCAUACAGGGAGAACCUCGGCACCUCCUCCAAACGUAGAAGGUGAGCCUGUCUCUGUUAGGAAACAUGUCUUUGCAUCAAGCCUGAAUUCUGCUUCUCCGCCUUUCUACCCUUCAGGGACGUCUAGUAAAAACAUCCUUAAACUGGAAAAAACUGAAGUACAAGCUGGACUUCCUGAAAAGAAUAUGUAUGGUGAUAGUCGCUCUAUGCCACAAUCAAGUGUAAUGGUGGAUGGAAGGCAUGUAGUUGAUGCUGUUGCUAUGGACAGGCUUUACAUAAAUGAUUCAACCAAUCCGUCUUUAGGAAAUCUUUCAUCUAAGACAAAUUCUGGUUCUUCAGUGGUCAGUAAUGCUCAGAUUCCCCAAUCUAGGCCUCAGGGAAGGGGUGCUGGUGUAGGAUCUACCAGCUACCCUCCUGCACCACUCCAUAGCCAAGUUAACAAGGUCUCUUUACCGACUCAAUCACAUGGUGUAACACGAACUCCUAGUCAAAAUCGGGUUCAACCUGCUGUUCAGGUUCCUGUCCAGCAGUUGGGUCAGCGACCUGAUAGUGGAUCUCAAUCUUCAUCUCCACCUAAAACUGCUUUGUCAGUUAACUCAGUUGAAUCUGGAUCUGGAGAGGCAGAUUCUUAUUCAGAAUCAAGCAAAUUGAAAACUGCUUUGGUUGGAAAGGGAAAAGGUAUGGCACAAGGUAUUGGUGCAGGUUCCUUUAUUUAUAGUGGGGCUCAGAUUAUGGGAACCUCUGGGAACAUGAAUAUUACUCAUGGAGAUCAGAACUUUCCUCAUACACCAGCAUUUUUGCCGGUUAUGCAAUUUGGAGGUCAGCAUCCUGGUGGCAUUGGAGUUCCUGCAGUUGGCAUGGCAUUUCCAGGAUAUGUUGCCCAGCCUCAACUUGGCAUGGGAAAUUCAGAAAUGACAUGGCUACCAGUUUUGGCUGGUGCAGCUGGGGCUCUGGGAGCUACAUAUUGUUCGCCUUAUAUUGCUGUUGAUGGUUCUUAUCAUGCUCGACCCUCAGGACAGACAUCAUCUGUGGCAACGUUGAGCAAAGAAAAUAACACAAACAAAUCCAGUAACGAGGCAAAGCCUUCACAGAAUGAACUUGAAAAUGAUGAUGUUGGACAGCGACAAAAUAAGCCACGUAGAUAUUCAGAGAUGAACUUUGGUCAAUGAAGUAAGCAAGCAUAAGUGAUGGAGCCUAUUCCAAUAAGCAAAGGCCUUCUUCUAUGCCCUUUGUGAUCUCUAGCUUUAUUCUGGAGCACUUUGGGCUGCUAUAGUUCCAAUAAGUACUAGG